GCCCCGUUCCCUCCGCGGACGUCCAGUCGCCGGGCUGCUCCUCGCCCCGCCCCGUCAUUGUCCCCGCCGGACUCCCUUUCCCGUCCGUCCCCCGUCCGUCCUCGGAGCUCUGAGAGUCGCUGGCUUCCCCCGCCGCCCCGCGUCUCUCCGCCGUCGGCGGGCCAGCCUUGCGAGCAAGAUGGAGGGCUGCCUGGGGGAGGAAUCUUUCCAGAUGUGGGAGCUGAACCGGCGCCUGGAGGCCUACGUGGCGCGGGUCAAGGCGCUGGAGGAGCAGAACGAGCUGCUCGGCGCGGAGCUCGGGGGCCUCCGGGCGCAGACCGGGGACGCCUCGUGGAGGGCCCGCGCCGACGACGAGCUGGCGGCCCUGCGGGCGCUCGUCGACCGGCGCUGGCGCGAGAAGCACGCGGCCGAGGUGGCGCGCGACAACCUGGCGGAGGAGGCGGACGGCGUGGCGGCCCGGUGCCAGCAGCAGCGGCGGGCGCGGGAGCGGGCGGCGGCCGAGGCGGCCCGCAGCCGGCGCGAGGCCGAGGCCGAGAAGGGCGCCCGGGCGCGGCUGAGCUCGCGGGCGGCGGAGCUGGAGCGGGAGCUGGAGGCCGUGUGCGCGGCGCACGAGCAGGAGCGCGCCGCCCUGAGCGCCCGGCCCCGCACCCCCCGCCGCCCCGCCGCGCCCCGCGGGCCCCCCGCGCCGGCCCCCGAGCUGCACGAGCUGGCGCGGCGGCUGGGCGAGGCGUGGCGCGGGGCGGUGCGCGGCUACCAGGAGCGCGUGGAGCUCAUGGAGGCGUCGCUGGGCCAGGCCCGCGAGCGCCUGGGCCGCGCCGUGCAGGGCGCCCGCGAGGGCCGCCUGGAGCUGCGGCAGCUGCGGGCGGAGCGCGGCGGCCUCCGGGAGCGCCGGGCCGCGCUGGAGCACAGGUUGGAGGGCCGCUGGCAGGAGCGGCUGCGGGCCACCGAGCAGUUCCAGCUGGCUGUGGAGGCCCUGGAGCAGGAGAAGGAGAGCCUGCAGAGCCAGAUUGCCCAGGUCCUCGAAGGUCGGCAGCAGCUGGCACACCUCAAGAUGUCCCUCAGCCUGGAGGUGGCCACAUACAGGACCCUCCUAGAGGCUGAGAACUCCCGGCUGCAGACCCCCGGCAGUGGUUCCAAGGCUUCCCUCAGCUUCCAGGACCCUAAGCUGGAGCUGCAUUUCUCUGGGACGCCAGAGGGCCGGCAUCUGGGACCUUUGCUCUCUGCCCUGAGCCCUACUCCCCUCUCCUCGCCCUUGCCUGAUACCCUGGAGACACCUGUGCCAGGCUUUCUGAAGAGCCAAGAAUUCCUCCAGGCCCGUACCCCAACCUUGGCCAGCACCCCCAUCCCGCCCACACUUCUGGCUCCCUGCGCUGUUACAGAUGCAGAGAUCAAAACCCAGGAUGCCCCCCUCUCCCUGCUCCAGCCGCAGCUUGGGAGGCAGUGGGCUCCAGAGGCCAUAUGGGCUAAAGCCAAGGAGGCCAUCCCUACCAGCGUCCUGCCAGGACCAGAGGAACCUGGGGGUGAGCAACAAGAGGCCAGUACAGGCCAGUCCCCUGAGGAUCAUACCUCCUCAGCCCCACCCCUCAACCCUGAGCGCCCUAGUUUAGAGGCCAAAGGUGGAGAACCCAAUGGGUCUGGAAUGUCCAGCAGAUUCCAGGAGGAAGGUGAAGGGCAAAUUGGGGGGCUGGCAGAGAAAGAAACAGCCAUAGAGGUCAAAAUGGUGAACGGUCUGCAGCAGGAAACAUGGCAAGAAGAUGGGGGUCUGAACAUGAAGAAAAUCCAGGACUCCCAGGGUCCUUUGGAAAAAGAAACUCUGAAGUCUCUGGAAGAGGAAAUUCAAGGGCCACUGAUGUCUCUGGAAGAACAGACCCACGAGACACUGAGAUCUCUAGAGAAAGAGAAUCCAGAAUCUCUGCGGUCUUCAGAAGAAGAGAGUUUAGAUACAUCAAAAGGUCUGGAAAAGGAGAAUCAAGAGCUAUUGAUGUCUUUAGAAGAAAAGAAUGCAGAUGUAGUGAGACCUCAAGAAAAAGAGACUCUAGAACUACUUAAGCCUGUAGGAAAUGAGGACUCACAGACAUUGCAAUCUCUAGAAAAGGAGAAUCAAGAACUAAUGAGGUCUCUUGAAGGUACUCUAGAGACGUUUUUAUAUCCAGAGAAGGAAAGUCAAGAAUUAGUGAGGUCUCGAGAAGAGAACUUUGAGUCAAUGAGAGAUCUAGAAAAGGAGAACCAAGAGCCACUGAGAACUCUAGAAGACGGGAAUCGAGAGAACUUGAGACUACAAGAAAGAGAGAACCAGGAGUUUCUGAACUCUCCAGAAGAUGAGAAGCACAAGACCUUGAGAACUCUAGAAAAAGAGAACCAGGGACCACUGACGUCUCUGGAAGAAGAAGACCAGGACACAGGGAGACCUCUAGAGAAAGAGAACCAAGAACCAGUGAAGUCUCUAGAAGAUGAGAACCAGGAGACAAUGAGACCACUAGAAACAGAGAACCAGAGGUCCUUGAGGUCUUUAGAAGAGGAGGACCAGGAAACAAUGAAGCCUCUAGAAAAAGAGAACCAAGAGCCAGUGUGGUCUCUAGAAGAAGACCAGGCAACAUUGAGACUUCUAGAAAAAGAGAACCAGAAGCCAGUGGGAUCUCUAGAUAAGAACCAGGAGACACUGAGACCUCUAGAAAAAGAGGACCAGGAGCCAGUGGGGUCUCUAGAAGAUGAGAACCAGGAGACAUUGAGACCACUAGAAAAAGAGAACCAGAGGUCCUUGAGGUCUUUAGAAGAAGAGGACCAGGAGACAAUGAAGCCUCUAGAAAAAGAGAACCAAGAGCAAGUGUGGUCUCUAGAAGAAGACCAGGCAACAUUGAGACUUCUAGAGAAAGAGAACCAGAAGCCAGUGGGAUCUCUAGAUAAGAACCAGGAGACACUGAGACCUCUAGAAAUAGAGGACCAGGAGCCAGUGGGGUCUCUAGAAGAUGAGAACCAGGAGACAUUGAGACCACUAGAAAAAGAGAACCAGAGGUCUCUAGAAGAAGACGACGACCAGGAGACAAUGAGGCCUCUAGAAAAAGAGAACCAAGAACCAGUGAAGUCUCUAGAGGAUGAGAACCAGGAGACAAUGAGACCACCAGAAAAAGAGAACCAGAGGUCCUUGAGGUCUUUAGAAGAAGAGGACCAGGAGACAUUGAAGCCUCUAGAAAAAGAGAACCAGAGGUCUCUAGAAGAAGACGACGACCAGGAGACAACGAGGCCUCUAGAAAAAGAGAGCCAGGAGCCAGUGGAGUCUUCAGAAGAAGACCAGGCAACACCGAAACUUCUAGAAAAGGUGAAACUAGAACCACUAAAGUCUCUUGGAAAAGACCAGGAGAUAUUUCGACCUCUUGAAAAAGAGAAUCAACAGUUAUUAAGAUUCCUAGAAGAAGAGAGUGCAGAGGUGAUGAGAUCUCCGGAAACAGAGAAUUUAGAAUCACUCCAGUCAGCAAGAGAAGACUUGGGAAUAUUGCAGUCUCUAGGAACUCUAGAGCCCCUGUGGUCUCCAGGAGAAGUGAAUCAGGAGACAAUGAAGCCUCUAGAAAGGGGAAGUCAAGAACCACUGGAGUCGGUAGAAGAGAACCAGGAGACAAUGAAGCUCCUAGAACAGGAGAACCAGGAGUCCCGGAGAUCUCCAGGAGAGUGGGGCCUAGAAAAUUCGAGACCUCCAGAGGGGAGAGGUCAGGAAAGUCAAAGGUGCCUGAUGGAGGAAGAGACCCCGGAGCAGACGAGGAAUCAGGAGUCCCCGGGGUCUUUGAAAGAGGAAAGGCAGGAGUCCCCGCUGUCUGCCCGACACCAGGGGAGGGAGGAGAGAGUGGCAGACCAGGAACCGGACCAGGAAACGCCCCGCGGCGGGGCCCCAGGGGGCAAGGAGGCCGAGGCAGAGCUGGACGUGAGGGAGCGGGGUGGCCUCCCCGGGAAGUCCGCGGGGCACAGAGAACUGUCCCUGGCUGCCGCAGGGGAGGGGCACCCAGGGGGCCCUGAGCCCGAGGAGCAGAGGGUCCCGGUUGAGGGAGCCAGGGGGCAGGGAGGCCCCGAGGGCUUCCAGGACCCUGAAGGGCAGCCAGAGCAAGCGGGGGGCCCGGGCCUCCGAGCUCCCCAGGGAAUGUCAGAGGGGAGAGACCUGGUGUUGGAAGGUGGAGAGGAGGCCCCAAGGGGUGGCCAGGUCUCAGAGGUCGCCUCGACAGCUGUGGGUGAGGCUGCUUCGGGCAGCCAGCAGGGACCAGAGCGGGAGGUGGUGGUGCCACCCGUGGGUGAGGAAGGUUUGGAGGCAGAGAAGAGGCAGGGCUUGGAAGAACCCCAAAAGGACGCAGAGGAGGCAGCUGCUCUGAAACCAGAGCUUUCCAGCCCCGCGGGGAGGAGCACACACCUCCCGGAGCCUCCCAGGGGCUGGGAGGAGUCGGAGCCCGAGGCCCCCUGGGGGGCAGAGGGGGCGUUCCCUGCCGAGACCCUGUGCCGCACUCUGGGCGGAAGUGGUACCCCUCAGCCCGGGCCCCAGGGGCCCGAGGACGCAGGGGAAGAGGCAGUGUUAGAGCCAGCGUCGCCGCCCGAGCCAUCAGAGCCCCGGUCGCCCACCCCAAUCCCUGGAGAUGCCCCUGGGCCCCAGCCCCUGGCCGCGGGGAGCCAGGAGGCUGGCUGGGGGCUGGAGGGCCGAGCGCAGGCUCUGGGAGGGGUGGAGGGGGAGCCAGAGGAGCUGGGUUCUGAGGGGAGCCCCGAGGGUCUCCAGGAGGAGGCAGAGGAGAACCAAGAGGACAGCGAGGCUGAUGAGCUUGGGGAGACUCUUCCUGACUCCGCCCCCCUGGGCCUCUAUCUCAGGUCCCCCGCCUCCCCCAAGUGGGACCUGCUUGGGGAGCAGAGGCCCCCCCCUCAAGGGGAGACCAGAAAGGAAGGCUGGGAUCCUUCUGUGCUGGCCUCUGAAGAGUGUGGGGCCCAGCCAGGGGAAGAGGAGGAGGGGGAGGAGGGGAGGAGGGAGGAGGAAUGCGGUCAGGACUCUGACUUGUCGGAGGAAUUUGAGGAUCUGGAGGCUGAGGGUUCUCUCCUUCCUGGGGUCCCCGGGGAGGCUGUGGAGCCUCCAGGCCAGAGGCCUCAGAUGCUGCUGGAGCCUGCAGCCUGGGAAGGGGAUGGGGAGUCUGAUGGGUUUGCAGAUGAGGAAGAGAGCGGGGAGGAGGGCGAGGAAGACAGAGAGGAAGAAGAGGGGAGGGAGCCAGGGGCUGGCCUGUGGGGCCCAGGGCCCUCUGUCAGCACCCUCCGUGCUCUGAGUGGCCCUCAGAGAGGGACCCUCCCGGGCUCUGAGACCGUGGAUGUCAGCGUUCCCUGGGACGACAGCUCGCGAGGCAUAACAGCCGAUGCCGGUGAGGAGUCCCAGGACAGCACCGAGCCCGAGCCCUCGGGCUCAGAGGAAGAGUCUGACCCUGCUCCCUUGGAGAGGGAGGACCCAGUCCCUGGCCCUCUGGAGAGCCACUGUGGGAUGGGAGACACGGGCCUGGGGGUAGGGGACACCCUUGGGGUCAACGGUCGGGUCCCCAGCUUGAAGGAGGAGUUAGAGCAUGUGAAUGGGGGGGUGGCAAAUGGGCUGGAGCAGUCAGAGGGAGGAGGGCAGGGAGAACCAGGGGGCCCCGAGGGGGACCAAAGGAGCCCCUUGGAGGACGAGGAGGAGGGGGGUGCCCUGAAGACUCCUUGGGCAGGACCUUCUCUUCACCUGGGCCCAGGCCAGUUCCUGAAGUUCGGUCAGAGGGAAGGAGACGUGGAGUCUUGGUCCUCGGGCGAGGACUAGAGCGAGACCCCUCUCCCCUCACUGGGGACUUGGUGGGGUGGGGGUGGGGGCCCCGAGCCCCCUCCCUGCUCAGAGGCAGCACCCUUAAGUUGUGAUCUCUUGACCUGUGGUUUCUGUCCCGGAGGCCUGACUGGCCAGGGCGAAACAAGGGGUGGCACAGGGAGAUGCUCCAAGAACAGAGGCCCCCAGACCCUGCGAAGGGGCCACCCCGCCGGCACUGUCCCUUGAGGCUUAAGCCAGCUGAACCGCUGUAGGACUAGGCCCUUUCCUGACGCCCCCUUUCUCCCCCUCCUGCCAGUGGGGGAGGGCUCCUCCCAGGAGAGGGGGCUGUGGCACCCUUCACUGUGAUGUGCCCCCUCAUCGCACCUUCUUGGGGUGUCUGGCCACCCGUGAGGGUGUGUUCCCAUGUCCUGACCCCCUGUGUUCCUGCCCCCUCGUGUCUGGCUCAUCCCUGCCUGAAUAAAGUCAUGCUUCCACCUACCAA